CUUAUGUUCUGCACCACACAGCCGCGUUUGUCAAAAUUUUCCCCCAGCCGUGGGGUGGCAACAGGGGUGGCCGGAGAGUGACCGUCGUUCCGCCACUGCAUAGUAAUCACUGGGCUGCCAGAUAGUGUACACUUGGUAGCGUCACCAUACUCAUCCCCACGACGAAGACACGUCAGAGCGCGCGCGCUUGCCAGUCGACUAGGACGCGUGUGUGUGCGUGUACGAGAGCGUGUUAACGUGUUUGUAGUGUGUGGUAAGCACCAUGGAGCACAUGUCUUCACCCGUUCGCUUCCGCAGCAACGCCAAAGCUGCAACUUUGUCAGAAAAGGAGCUGGCCAGUCUGUCCGUCAAGGACCAGGACAGCAUCCAGUUCCCCUACGCCAUGAGGGAUCUCCCCCCAGGCCACCCCAUGUUAGUCAACCGUGAGGAGGCGGGGGCAGCCACCAACGGGCGACGCCCCAGCCUUCCCGGAACUCCGCCUCCUUCUUCCCACACCGCCCCCUGCAAUCCCGCUGCAUCUCCGAGAGUCCCUCUCAGGCCGAGCCGUGUUGGCUCCGACUCGUCUUUCCAGCCUGUGAGGAGACCGCUCGUGUCUCAGGGUUCUCUGGACUCGCCACUGAGCCCCGCCUCCCGCCCACGCAGCCCAUGGGGGCGCUUUGACCCCUACGACUCCCCAGAGGAUCAGGACAAAGAAUAUGUUGGUUUUGCCUCGUUACCAAAUCAAGUUCACAGAAAGACGGUGAAGAAAGGUUUCACCUUCACUCUGAUGGUAGCAGGAGAGAGCGGCCUUGGAAAGUCCACUCUGAUCAACAGCUUAUUCCUCACUGACCUCUACAAGGACCGCAAACUUCCCAAUGCAGAAGAGCGCAUCAGUCAGACUGUUAGCAUCAUCAAGCACACUGUUAGCAUAGAGGAGAAGGGCAUCAAGCUGAGGCUUACCAUCAUCGACACUCCAGGCUUUGGAGACGCUGUCAACAACAUGCAAAGCUGGAAGCACAUAGAAGACUACAUCGAGCAGCAGUUUGAACAGUACUUCAGGGACGAGAGCGGCCUCAACAGGAGGAACAUCCAAGACAAUCGAGUCCACUGCUGUCUCUACUUCAUCUCUCCUUACGGACACGGGCUGCGCCCUUUGGACGUGGAGUGCAUGAGGGCCUUGCAUGAGAAAGUCAACAUCAUUCCUGUGUUGGCCAAAGCUGACAGCCUGACACCAGCUGAGGUCUGCAGAAAGAAGAUGAAGAUCCGUGAGGAGAUGCGUCGCUUCGGCAUCAACAUCUACCAGUUUGCUGAGUGCGACUCAGACGAGGACGAGGACUUCAAGAGGCAGGACCAGCUCCUCAAGGACAGCGUCCCCUUCGCAGUGAUCGGGAGUAAUGUCCUCGUGGAGACGAAAGGGCGCAGGUUCAAAGGUCGCAUGUACCCCUGGGGGGUGGUAGAAGUGGAAAGUCCGGCUCACUCGGACUUCCUGCUGCUGAGGGACAUGCUGGUGAGGACGCACAUGCAGGACCUGAAGGAUGUGACCCGAGAGAGCCACUACGAGAACUACAGGGCCCAGUGCAUUCAGAACAUGACACGCAUGGUGGUCCAGGAGAGGAAACGCAGUUUGCGGGAGAAAUGUCGAGAAGGAAGCGACGUCGAUGUCCCACUACCGCUCGCUGCCUUUGAUUCGGAGAAAGAAAGACUCAUUUUUGAGAAAGAUGAGGAGGUUCAUCUCUGCAGCUGAGGAGGAUGCAGGAGGUGCUGGAGAGGAUUCAAGAGCAGAUGCACAUCAGUCCGACAUGAACAACAUGAAAGAACGUGACGAUCAAACUUCAUGGAUCAUCUCAGUCAACUUACAAUUUGACCUACUGACCAGAGCACUCUGGGCAUCGGCCAUCAUGUGAUUUCUUCUUUUGCUAUUUGGGGGGGUUGACCUUUUUGUAAUGACCUUGCAUUAUGUAAGUAUGUAAAAAAUGUAUGUAUGUAGUGACCUGAGGAGAUGGCAGUACAGUGUACUGCCAUCUAGUGGCAAUAGUAGGACGUGGUAAAAAUAAACAAACACUUAAAUGCAUUUCAUGCAAAUUAGACAUUUUUAACCACCACACCAAAAAACAGAAAUGUUGUAAAUGUAAUAAGAUUUAUUAAGAAUCUUUAUUAUUUCACCAGCAUAAAUCAUCAUUUAUAUUUUUUUCAUUGUUAUGUCAUAGAGUGGACAGUUGGACCUAAAAGGCAGCCCACAGUGCACAGGCCUUAUAUAACACUUUCUCCAUAGGGAAAACUCUAUUUAUAUUAAUAUAUAAUAUCAAUAUAGCAUGAGGUCCAAGAUCCCGCCCACGUUUUACAGUAUUCUACAUGGUCCCGCACAGAAACAAGACAAAAACAAUCUACAUGCACAACAACUAAAAAGAAAGAAGCAUUAAUAAUAAAAAGGUACAUACACUCAAACGCACCAGCGUGCAUACCAUCACAUUUAACAAAAAUGUUCUUACAUACAUUACAAAACUUAAUAUUAGACAUUAGGUUAGCAAGAAAAGAGCAACAUUUUUUUCUAACUUCUAUUUCCACUGGAAUUCAGUCCAAACGAGGAAAAAUAUGGGAAACUGAAAACAUUUGUCUUUUUCAUUCGCUCAUUGUUGUCACAGUGUUGAAAAAGUAUAGAGGCGCAUGCGACCAACAAGCAGAAACAGGCUGCAGCCACAGCAGUGGAAGACACACACACACACACACACACACACACA